CAACCAUCUUCAUUUUCACUGAGUUUCUAAUCAUAGAGAAGUCAUGGAAGCAAAGCUUUCAUCCGACAAAGAGAAAAAGGAGAGAAGAACGAAUACUGAAGAAGGGAUAUUUGAUGUGGAAUCAAAUGAAAGAGAGUCUAAUGUCAAAGGCGACGCGGAUACAGAAAAACAGAAAAUAAUUGCAAGCCAACAAAAUGCAGUUAGGUCCAACAAGACGAAUGAUGUUGGAGGAAAAGAUGAUGGUGGCAAAAGUGAACCUAGUACAGGAACAAACGAAGGUGCUUCAAACGAGCUAGUUGCUCAGCUCAGCCAAAGAACAGGCAGUGGUUCCACAUUACUUGCUAUUGGAGGAAUAGACCAAGGAGGAGAAAGUCAACCUGGAACAGGUUGAUGGGAUCAUGACUAAUGAGAUUGAGCAUAUAAUGGAAAGAAAAAGGAAAGAGAAGAAUAAUGGAAGAUAUUGAAGAUUUGAUGAGAAGUUUUGAAUGAUUAAAGAUAUUUUAAUUGUCAUCUUAAUUAAGAAUAUUUUGUUUUAAUUAUCGUAAUAUU